AUGGAGUGGUCGUGGCGGGCGUGGUGCGCGCUCGUCCUCGCCGCGCUGCACCUCGCCGCCGCCGGUCCUCGCUACAGCUCGCGAAUCGUGCACACGCAGCCUGGAGCCAUCCGUGGUAUCAUAGUAGAGCCAGCGUCGCGGCGACUGGAGCCUGUGGAGGUGUUCCGGGGGGUGCCUUACGCCGCACUGCCGCCUCGUUUGCGCGCUCCUCUACCGCCUACCCCUUGGCCCGGCACGCGCCUUGCCGACACCUUUGCGCCCGUCUGUCCACAGCGCAUUCCAGAUAUAGCCAACAAGACUGCAGCGUUGUCGAGGAUGCCGCUGGGUGUGUACAACGAGCUGGUGGCAUUAAAACCACUGCUCGUCAACCAGAGCGAAGAUUGUCUCUACCUCAACAUCUAUGUACCCGGUAGCGGGUCCCGUGGCGUCGAGGCGCCCUAUGCAGUUGCAGUUUGGGCGGGCGCCGGUCCGGAGGGCGGAUCGGGCAACGCUUUAGAUGGAGCAGUUUUGGCAGCUCGGGCACACCUGCUAGUCGUCACACUCAACUAUAGAAUAGGAUUACUUGGGUACUUAACGACGGGUGAAGAUGAUGAGGCUUCACUAUCGGGGGGCGCUGCAGUGUUAGACGUAGUAGCGGCGUUAUCGUGGAUACGAACAAACAUCGCUGCCUUUGGCGGGGAUCCGCGCCGUGUCACGCUUCUGGGACAUGCCGCUGCCGCAGCAUUAGUCAAUACUGUCGUCAUGCUGCCCAGCAUAAAAGGUCUUGUAUCACGCAUCGUGCUGCUAAGCGGGUCCGCACUAAGUCCAACAGCAUUAUCUCCGGACCCCGCGUUAGCGCGCGAGCACGCCGCGCAAGCUUUGCGCUGCACUAGAGACACGCACCCUGGAGAACAUUGGUUAGUAUCGUGUGUCUCGAACCGUCCUCUGGCAGCGCUCGUUGCCGUAGAGGCGCCCCGGGCACGUUUUCUUGCGGGAUGGGGUCCUGGUGUACCCCGCUCACGAGACUUGCCCAACCCUUCCCCAAGUCGCGCGUUGCACGCCAGCGACACCUUCUUAGAUUGCGCCCUCGCUGUUAUCGUUACUACGACUGAGAGCUAUCACUUUUUCAGCGAGGAUGAUAUACGUCACGGCUUUGAAGAAGAGUACAGAAACCGGGUGUUGCGUACAUACGUCAGAAACGUGUACCGGUUUCACCGCAACGAAAUUUUUGCGGCUGUUCGCAAUGAGUACACGGACUGGGAGAAGCCAAUCCAGCAUCCAAUAAAUAUCCGCGAUGCUACCUUGGAGGCGCUCAGUGAUGGGGCUGGUGCUGCGCCCGCCUUACGAGUCGCCCAACUGCAUGCACGACGCGGGGCGCCUACGUACCUUGCCCACUUUGCACAUCACUCACGUGACGCAGAUUAUCCGCAGCGGCUGGGCAGUGUACCCAGUGAGACUUUGCCAUACUUCCUCGGAUUACCGCUUGUGGGUGGGCUAUCACGAAACUACUCUCGAGGAGAUGUGACCGUAGCGGAAGCCUGUGUAGCGCUUCUCGCCGCCUUCGCCAAGACAGGAGACCCUAGUCCCAAGCCGGAUGACCACCAGGAGACCGCUCUUUCCUGGCCCCGCUAUGAACUGAACACGCAACAAUACUUAAGUAUAGGAACAAAGAUGCGUGUGCGCAGCCACUACCGCGGUCAUAAGCUGUCUCUGUGGCUGCACUUGAUUCCGCAGUUGCAUCGAGCUGGGGCGGCACCAGCCCACCACCAAUUUCGGGAUCUUCACCCUGACAUGUUUGCCGGUGACAUAUUCCCUGAGAUGUACACGACAACAACCUCACUGGACGAAGAAGAGGACAGCGAAGAUGAAGACAGCCUAGAAGCAGAGGAGUGCUCCCCUCCUCCCUCAGCACGUCCAGCUCUUGCCGCACUACCGCCUCCCAGACCUUCCCCUAAAGAGGACUCGCUUACUUUGGACUCGCAAUACUACAGCUAUACGGUGGCGCUGGGCGUGACUGUGGGCGCAGGAUGCUUUCUGUUGGCGCUGAACUUAAUUGUAUUCGCUGGUAUUUAUCUGCAGCGCGGCAAGCGGCGCGCUCGUUCAAGACCCCGACGUGAAGGCAGCGGGGCAGGCCGAGGAACCGCACUUACGGAGGCACUCACGUCGCCCCGGAAAAGCACGCUUAAGCGCAGCAGCGACUUAGAGUUGGUAGAAAGGCCGGCCUCCGCCGUCCCGCCGCCCAAGAAACGCGUGCAGAUACAAGAGAUCUCUGUAUAG